CGGGAGGACGGGCAUCCCUGCUGCUCUCCCAGACGCGGCCACAGCCCAGGGUGCCCCCCGCGUUGCCUGACUCCCGCAGACAGGUGAGCCCGGUGCUGCGGUGAUGGAAGGAGACCGUGGCUGUGCGGGGCCCAGAGGGAGCGCCGUUAUUGAGGCAGGAGGACCCGGCGGGGUGGGGGGUGUUGGCACCCUGGGUCCGUGCCCGCCUGUUUUGUCGCCCACACGCACCCACUGCAUCGUGGGUGGAGACAACAUGAUUUAGGGCCUCCGAUCAGCACCAGCUCGCAGCACACCCCUGCCAAGUCCCGUCUAGACCCCAGGCAGGGCCACAGCAGGUGGGUGAGGCUGCCGUGGCAGCUGCGUGAGAAGACGCGGCGUGGUGCACGGGCAGGAAGUGAGGUGGGGAGCUGGGCCGAGGGCGACACAGAGGCCUCGCGGCUCGAGGUGCCCAAGCUGCCCGCCACCCUAGGUGGCGGAGGAGGCGCACCAGCCCCAGCCUUGGUGAGUGCCGGCUCUGGCUUCCAGCCUGGCCAGGGCCCCGGGCCCCUUGGUGCCUUCCUAGGGCAGCUGAGGGCAGGGGUCUGGGAAGACUGGGCACUACCAGGUCAGGGCAUUGGGACCUGGGCCCUCUGGUGAGGAAAGCCCACUCCCUGGGUCUGAGCAGACUGGCCCCCACGUUCGGAGACAGCUCCAUGCUGCUGGCCCCCCACUUCUGGCACCUGUGCCAAGACUCCAGGAAGCAGACGUCCGAUGGCAGGGGCAGUUGGAGGGGAGGGAUGGAGAGCCAGGGGUGGGGUGGUCAGUGUCCAAAGCAGCCCUUCCUGCCUGCUGACCCCCAGCUUUCCAGCCCUUCAGGGGGCCAGUCUCCGUAGUGGACAGCUAGGGGGCAUCACCUGGACAGGAGCCAUGCCUGGGUAGGACAUGGCUGUAGGUGGGUCUGUGGCCUGUGGCUUGCUAGCCUGGGGCGUGGCCUGGGGGCCUCCCCAGCUCUCAGGUGUGGCCUAAGUGACCACAGUGGGGCCUUGGCCAGGUCCCAGCUGCCCUGCCCCUCCUCAACUGCCCGUGCUCGGCCAUCACUUGAGUCAUCCUUGCCAACUCAGGUCCUCAUGGGGGCCAGGCAGAGCAUGCCUCAUCCCUCACCAGCAGCCCCUGGGCAGAGGCGGGAGGGUGGGCGCUGAGGCUGUGUCCCCUCGGCCUCCAUAGGAGGGAGGGGCUGCUGAGCCUUGGGGUUUCCUGUGUGCUGAGUCAGAGCACGGGGGUGGGUGGGGGACCUUCCGGCAGCACAAGGUGCAGAAGUGGGGCUGUCAGGUUGGUGCCCAGUCCCUCAGCCCCCAGCACCCUGUCUUCUGCCCCCAGGCCCAUCCACGGCUUCGCAGGAUGAGGCCACAGGUACCCUCGGCCCCUCCUGCCCUCUGGGGCCUAGGGCGCCUCGCCCUGCUCCUCUGGCUGUGGAUGUCAUGCACAGCCUGCCACCGCUCUGAUGACCCUCUUGCACCCAGGAAGCGGGCACAGAGGCAGCUGUCUGGGCUGCAGGGCAGUGUAAUGCCAGCAGAAGCGGUGAGUCAGGGUGUCCCUGGGGCCAGCAGGGGACCGGCCAGCCUUCCUUGCCCCCACUCACUGCUGAGACGACCCCACCACUGCUCCCUCGGCAAGUUGGACACCAAACUGCAUGAGCUGCACCGCAGCCGGCCCUGCAGCAGAGCCCCACGGCCUGCCAGCAUGGAUCUGCGCCCACAAUGGCUGGAGGCGUCCAGAGGCAAGACGACCAGGCCCCCGGCAGCCUUCGCACACCAGGAGCUGCCCCUGGCCACGCCCUCCACCGGCCCUGAGGCCACCUAUUCCAAUGUGGGGCUGGCUGCCAUCCCCAGGGCCGGGCUGGCAGUCACCUCUGGGGUGUGGGCAGGGGCACAGCUGACCAGCAGCUGUGCCAGGCCUGGUCCCGAGGCCAUACCCGUGGUGGCUGAGUAUGCGUGUGUCCAGAAGCUCAAGGGAACAGAUCGGGGCCCCCAAGGCCUGGAGCAGGGGAAAGUCGAGGCGACCCCAGCUGCUCAGGUGGACAUCCUGUAUUCCAGGGUCAGCAAGCCUAAAAGGAGGGACCCAGGACCUUCCACAGACCAGCCAGACCCCAAGGGUGGGGAAGCGAGUUUGGCUCUGGGGAGUGACCUGGCCUACGAGGUCCUCCCUCUCAGGGGCCUGGGCAUGGACAAGAGCCUCCUGGAAAACGUGUAUGACAGCAUCCAGGAGAUGGGGGCUCCUGGGUACCUGGAACCCCCCAGCUCCAACUCUUACCAGGAGAGGACAUGUGCAGGGCAUGGAGACCCCCUGCUUCCUGUCUAAGCCUGGGGAGGGGUCUUCAUCCCCUCUGCCCUGAACACCCAAGUACAGAUGAUCCUUCCUCCAGAGUGGGGUGCGACCUCAAUAAAGCCCCAGCUCAGGGAGCAUGAACACUG